CCCGGAAGUCGGGUCCAGGGCAGCCGGAAGUAGGAAGUUCUCGCUUCUCACGCUUCGGAGGGGACGAGAAGGCGCCAGUUCUUAAGCAGGUAUCGACCAAACUGAGGGCUGGGCUGCAGGUUUGGGGGCGCAGGACGCUUUGAAAGGGUAGGUUCAAAAAUAGAUGAGAGCCCGAUACUGCCUUCCUAAGGGCGGGGAGUGGGCCGGUCCUACCUCACAGGGCUUGCCGACUUUGUAUUUGUUUAUUUCAUUAAAUUUAUACGCGGCUUGACUGUAAAAGAAGCAAACGAAAGCGGUCUGCAAAAAAAAAAACAAAAAAAACCACCCCCCCAUAGAAUGAUCAAUAAGAAAAACUAACAAAUAAUAAUUUAAGAGUUAACACGCGAAGCGCAUUGAGUGCUGAAAUAUAGAGCACCAAAGUGCCAAGUAAGCUCUGUGAGUGGAAUCCAACUAGCUUACUCCCAUCAAGGGUUGCCAGGUGAGGAGUAUCCCAGACCUUGAGAUUUGGGACUUCUCUGUUUAGAGAAAAGGCAAGUAAGUGACAACAUGAUAGAAGUGUAUAAAAUUCUUCAUGCCAUGGAGAAAAUGGAUAAGGAAAAGCUUCUCUCCCUCUCCUCUUACACUAGAACUCAUGGACAUUCAAUGAAGCUGCAUAUUGGACGAAAUAAAAGGAAGGACUUCUUCACACAGCACAUAGUUAGACUGUGAAACUCAUUGUGGGAUAGAGGAUGUUGGAAUAAAUCACACAUGCACCCCCCAAAAACUCCAAUGCUUUGUGUACUCCAGAUGUUUUGGACUACAACUCCAUGCAUCUGGAGCUGAUGAGAGUUGUAGCCCUUAACAUCUGGAGGGCGCCAGGCUGAGGAAGUCUGGACCAGAUGAAUCUUUUCUUCAGAUCCAGCAAGGCAGUAAUUGUAACAGAGUAGAUAAAUCUAUGAAGGAUCAAUGGCAGCUCUCAGUGGUAGAUCCAUGUUCAAAAGCAGUAUACCUCUGAGCCCCUGAGACUGUCCUUGUGUAUGAUGACAUUAUUAUUAUUACAUCUCUCCACACACACACCCUUCAAGCUCUUCCAGAACUGUGAAUGUACCAGAGAGUGAAAUCAGCACUGGAUCCACAGCCCUUGAACUUGGACGACGUUGGCUGUUGUUGGAAACAGGUCAGUUUUCUAUGGACCCUCACCCCCGCCCCUAUACAAAGAACUUCCCCAUCACUGAACACAAGCGAAUUCCUAUGGAGGUACUUUGGUCCCAUCCAUUCUUAUGUUUUAAACCUGUGGGUUAUCUGGCAGGCCUUCCAAGAGUUGUGAGCAGGAGGGUGGAGUGAGAGAACAGGCCUUUUCUCUGGUGCCCCCUGAUCAUGGAAUUCUCUCCCCAGGGAAGCUCACCUGCACUGACAUUGUCAUUCUGACACCAGAUGAAGAUGUUUUUAUUCUUCUUGGUGCUUGCUCUUUUAUUUUUUAUAUCUGUUCGUAAUUUGGGUGGGCUGGCUAUCUUAUGGUGCAUGAUUUUUUUGGAUGAACACUCCCCCCCCUCAAUCUAAAUAUUUCCCCCCUCAAUAUCGUUCCAAUAACAGCCUCAUUAUAACAAUGUCAAUUUUAUCCAAUUAAUACAAUUAUUAAAACCAAUUAUUAAUAUACCAAAUUAUACAGUUUAGCUAGACCGCUGUUCCUCUCCCACCCAGAGAGGAAUUCAAAGAGUGAGUUUCCCCCACCAUUCUUUGUUUAUCUCCAUCUGCCUCUCCCUGCGAUGUUGAGGAAGACCUCUAUUCCUGGUGCAGGCGGAACAGGAUGAACACUUUUAGCAUAGAUUUUUCAUUCUGAUUUUUAAAAUUGUAUAUUUCAGGAGUAAGCAACCUAGUGCCCCAAUGUUUUGGACUACAACUCCCCUCACCACUGGCCAUACUGGAAUGAGCUUAUGGAAGUUGUAGUCUAGGAACAUUUGAAGGCCACUACAUCGGCUACCCCUGGUAUAUUUUGCAUGCCAUUGUCCCUGUAAAACGCUUUGCAGCUCCUUCCAGUAGUGAGAAGCAAUGUGUAAACUGAAUGAAUUAAAAAUGAGGAGCAAUUGGACCUGGCUUCCAUUAUCUCCCAGCCCCAUGCAGUGCUCCACCUGUCCUAGUUGAUAUUUCCACUGCUAAAGCACUUGUGAUGCUCUUCCAUUCAUUAUUCAAUUCACUUUAUUUUGGGCAGCCUCCUAGAACGUGGACGUAUUCUGCAAACGGCUCCUUGCAUCACCCCGCCCCCGGCAGAGACACGGUUCCCCAGGGCUAACAGAACAGCAUGUCCCAAGCCACAAAACGCAAGCAUGUGGUGAAAGAAGUCCUAGAAGAGUAUGUGGUGCCUUCAGAGAGACAGCAGAUCGUCCGGGUGAGGCCUCCCCACUGUGCAUCUCCAGCCUGGACUGGCCAUGGGCUUCCAGAUGUCAUUGCACAUUUUCUGUCCUGAUUUUGCAGUUCUAUUUCUAGCAGCUGUGUUCCAUCCAAGACAGCUGUAGACUUGGUUGUUGUACAUCAUCAUCCCUCAUUCUAGUGCCUUCUGGUUACUUUGGACCACACCUCUCAGCAAGCUCGUUAGUACAGCUGCUUUGGACAACUGCUCUCAGCUGAGCUUUCUGGGAAUCACAGGAUUCAUAGUCCAAAACAUCUGGCAGUUGGGGAGGGCUGUCUUAGAUCUGCAUUAACCCUGAUUAUGGAUCUGGGGCAGCUUUUUGCAGAUUGUACUAGAUUAUCCUUUGUGUCUACUCCAAAGCUACAGUUCUCUGAUUCUUUUGCCUCCCUCUGUUCAUCUUGUCUAUAGCUGGGCGGUUCAAAAGAGGUUUGGCUCUUCCUCCCCUGCAGGAGAGGAAAGCGGAGUGGGUGGGUUUCAGGCCAGUCGAACAGAAAGGGCCCUUUUCAUGGACUUACAGUGAUGUUUGUGGGUACAAACUCCAGCACAACUUUACAGUGUGGUUGUUGUUUGUUUUGCCUAUUUCCUCCAGGUGGUGGGGACCCCUGGCAACAAUCUCCAUGAGGUGGAGACAUCUGAAGGGACGCGGUUCCUUGUGAGCAUGCCCACGAAAUUCCGCAAGAAUAUCUGGAUCAAGAGAGGUGAGUGGCAAAGGCUGCUGUCCACAUAGCAAGUGAUGGAAAUUGUGUCCUCCUCCUUCCCAGUUCCUGCAAGUUUGUGUCUGUGUGCAAUAUAUACACUAAGACCACAACAUAUACAAGGGUUACAUUCUGCAGAUCACAGCUAAAGCCAACCUUGUACAUAGUCCAAGCCUAUUGAGUUCAGUGGCAGGUGGGAUUGCUAGUGUCAUUUUCCCUAGAACCUCUCCCCCUUUUAAAUUUUUGGCCAUGCAUAUAAAGCUGAAUACGCACAAGGUAAAUGAGCAUAAGCUGUGGGCUUACAUAGACACACACUUAUCUUUUUCUCCCCUCCCAGGUGAUUUCCUGCUGGUAGAUCCCAUAGAAGAAGGGGAGAAAGUGAAAGCAGAGAUUAGUUUUGUCCUCUACAAGGACCAUGUUCGCUACCUGAAAAAGGAAGGAUACUGGUAAGGACCAAAUACCCACUGGUGACACUCAGAAUCCCUGCAACCAAAAUAGGGUUCAACCCUCAACAACCCGCCCCCCCCAACCCAGAUUUGAGAAGCAGGAAUCAACACUCCCGCCUCGCUUCCAGCCAAACAAUAACAAAAUAUAGAAACUGGAAGGGGUAGGAGGUCUUGGAGGGUGCCAGGGGGUGUCUGUGGGUAUCAAGUUGGACCCCCCCAAAAAAACUUACACAAUUGCUGAUAGCUUUAUUACCACCCAGCUCUCUUCCCUCCAGCAGUAGUAGGAAAGUUGCUACUGACAAGGAGAGCUACUGACAACACCCCUGAAGCCUGCUAGGCCAGCCUCCUCUGCAACCUGGUGCUUUCCUAGUAUUUUGGAUUACAAUUCCUAUUAUCCCUGACUUUUGGCCUGAUUGGCCGAUGGGAGUCUAAACCACCCCAGUGCACCAGGCUGGGUGAAGGGUAUGUCCAGGCUGCUGGUGUGAUAUACUUUCCUGACUAGUUUUAUGUAAGGGGAAUGACCCAUCUCUUCUGCAGCUCCCACCUUUGUCUUGGGGCCAUCCCUUUGUAGGCUCAAAUGUACCUUCCAAACUACUGAGCUACCAAUAUCCCAGGCUGCCCUUCUCUCUCCUGUUUCUUUCUGCAGGCCUGAGGCCUUCUUGGGUGGUGUGGCAGGAGCUCAGAGCAGUGCUAAAGACAGGUGAGUUUGGGAAUGGGACUCCUGUGAUGUGUUUCUGUGGAGGGUGGGAGAGCACUCUAGGGACCUCCUGUCUCUCACCUCUAAGGUGUUGUUGUUGUGAUGUAAGUAUUAUUAUUAAUUAUUACAAUUAAUUCAUUGCCUUCUAAACCACCACAUAAGAUAAAUAAAGAACAACAUAUACAGCUGUACCUUGGAAGUUAGAUGGAAUCCGUUCUGGUAGUCCAGUGUGGCUUCUGAUUGGCUGCAGGAAGCUCCUGCAGCCAAUCGGAAGCCACGGAAGCCCUGUCAGACAUUUGGCUUUCAGAAAUAGUUCGCAAACCGGAACAGUCACUUCAGGGUUUGCGACGUUCAGGAGUCAAAACGUUCGGGAACUUCCAAGGUACAACUAUACAUCUAAAACAAGAUUAAAACCCUAGCAAGUGGACACUUGUGGUAGAGAUCCAUUUAUCCAGCUGAGAAAGCCUGUUGCAACUGCUUCUGGAAAGUGCGGAUCAUGGACGUCUGUUGCGUUUUGACAAGAGACGUUACCCGCAACAGGCUAUACAAUUACACAAAGCAAGAAAAAGGGGAGGCAAGGACAAGUUAUAAUAGUACAAAAAUUAGGCUGGAUGUUGUAGCCAUGGGACCAGCUGUUAGUAGUCCUACUUUGCUUCUAAUGUUGUGUUUUGUUAUAAACUCUGCCCUCGGAUCAUAAACUACACCCUGGGACCUUAGCAUGAAAGGCAGAUAAUAAAUGGAAGUAAUAAUAAUUAGAGAGAAGUUUACGCUAAGAGCGCCUUCUGUCUUCCUUUAGCAGGGAUGGGCCACAAAGCCCACCACGUUCUGCGGGGGAGGAAGACUCUGAGGACGAUGAUGCAGACUUGUUUGUGAAUACAAACAGGGUGAACUACAACUACCUGGAGAGUGAAGACAGCAGCGACUCGGAUGAGGAGGAGAAGUGACAGGUCAAGCCAGCCUGGGGGCUUCCAUAACUUUGCUCAGAGAAAAGGGGCAUUGCCUCAAACCCCAUCCUCUUGUCUAAUAGGGUUAGUUGUUUGUCCCCUUUUUCUGGAGGGGAGCUUGUACUUGCAGGAGCAUUUUGGAGCUGCUGUAUUGCAGGCAACAACAACAACCAAAAAUCUGCUCAGCCUGUUAGCAGCAGCCAUAGCUCAUUCCUUGAGGAACUUUGACCCUGUCUUGACCAGAUGCCUCUACUGUAUUCCAGGCCUCUUUCCCUUUCGUCCUUUGCCUUAUUUAAUACAAUGUGUAUGUCCCAAACCCAGACACUGCCUGGCAUGCCAGAUAGCAGUUUUGCAGUAGGUCACAAGCUUCAAGAUACAUUGAUCAUUUUGAAGUGGCACUCCUUUCUUCUAAAAGUAGGCUGGCCUACAUUAAGAGGUGGUCAGCACACAAUGGGAGCAUCCAAGAGCAAGUCGUAUUUAAUAGGCAGGUGCUGAAUUAGAUGGUAUUGGGGCUGAUCUCAGUGCUUUCUAUCCAAAUUCUCUGCACCAAAGCCAUUCCUGGGUAUUGCUUUAGGCUCAAAUCACCUUGCCUUCUAUUUCUCCUCCUUCACAUUUGCUAGAUUUGGCUCUUGAGAGGCAAGGGGACAUCCACAGUGAGGGACUACUUCUCUUUUGUAUUGUAAUAUUCAGCAAAUGUUUCAAUAAACUUUAAAGAGAGACUGGGGUGAGAGCACUCUUGUUUACAAGUGUGGCCUUUGUGAGCUUGCUAAAGCAGAGGGAGGAGGGGAAGGUUCAUCUUAAAAAAAACUCUGCAAAUGGCUUUCUGUGAAGUUCUUAAACCAUGUAAAUACAGGAAAGCAGCUAGGGGGACAGUUGGACCUUUAGACAAGAGGAUUAAAUGAUUUACUGUGUGAGGAAAGGGCGACUGUAGAGAAGCUGCAUUCUUUCCAACUGCCUUCAAGGCAAAAGAUGCAGGGCAGCACCCCGUGGCCUGAAAGACUUUCUUAGGAAGGGAAUCAGAUGUAAAUAGUCGCGGCAAGGUUUGCUGAUGAUGCCAAACUGUCUGGGGUGGUUAAAACAAAGGAGGGGUUGCAGAAAGCUCUGAAAUGGUCUCUUUGAACGGUGGCUGGGUAAUAAAAUGUUAAAGAUGGUUCAAAAUAAAGAAAUGCAAUGCUAAUAA